AGCUAAAGACAAAACAUUAGAAGGGAGAGCUAAAACUAUUGGUUCAACGGCUAGCCUAUAGCCUAUGCUAAUAAGCUACCACGUCCGUCGCUAUUUGUUUAUAAUUUUGAACGAAGACCAAACUCUUUUUUGUGCUUACUUAAUAUAUUUUCCAAAUAAUGAUUGGUGAGAUCUGUAGUGUAUGUGUGUUUUUGUUUGUUUGUUUCUUUUUUUAAAGAUCUGUAGAGUUAGCUGCUAACUGCUAUGCUCCAUCUGGUAGCUGUUAGCAGAUUGAGCAUUGGCAUACUGGGGUGUGAGAGUUGAAGCUACUUUCACCGUGCCAGUCAGAGACACUAGAUAGAAAGUGCUACAUAGUCUGUGGUGCAAACGAAGGGGAGAACUUGGUGAUCAUUUAACGUGUUUGAGAUGACCCAGCUCUUCACCUGCAUCGUCGGCGAGAGGUGUACAGCGGCGCAUGAACAUGGUCUGGCUGUUUUUCAUCAUCGCCGUCGCGGCCGGUUUUCCAUGUCUGGAUGGUGCAGCGCUUCCAGGUUUGACGUGUACUGUCACCAAGAUGAACGAUGGAUGCGUCAUGUACCAGAUCUCUGGUAAACCCAGCUCCAUUAAGCACAAUUCCUCCUGGGAGGAAAAUAAUGGUAUUGUGAUCGUUGCCAUAAACUCACGAUACAAUGAAAGUGUGGUAAAGACCGUAAAGAACGAUUCAGUGGAGCUUUACGUUUGUGAAGACUUCCUGCGCUACAACAUGCAUUUUAAGAAAGACGGAAGACAUUCAAAACUGACUGCUACCUGUGAAGCUAACUGCACUCAUCUGAUGACCAAAGAUCCCCCUCAAGUAGACGAUGGUUUUUCAAUAGGAAGAAUUGUUGGCAUCGUUAUUGGAAUCAUCAUCUUCCUUGCAUUAAUUGUCAUCGUUGGAUUAAUCUUCCGCUUUGGGAUAAAAAGAAUUCUGAAUCAGAUCCGCUGUGGAUUCACGUUUCACAAUCCCAGAUCCCAGACCAACAGACUCCAGUCUCCACAGUCUGAGACCCAGAGUGAAGCAGACGCCAUCAUGGACAACCUUAAAAAUGAACAAGUCUCCACAGACGCCUCUCCGUUUCU